AUGGAACCAAAUUUGUCCCUGCCAACCGCUAUUGAGCAUCUUGCAUGGGGCCGAAAUUCCGUCGACUGCUUUCCUCAUAGGAAAUGUGCAUGCCCUUAUCAGCGGCAUGGUGAACCAUUCUUAUCCUUGAACAGCCAGUCGUUUCAGUUUUGGGGGUCUGCUCUAAUGUCAAUUGCCCAAGUCCCGGACACCGCAGUUGCGGAGAAAUUGGUGCGAUUCCACAUCUGCCAUCUCGGAUGGCAUCACAACUGCCUCCAUGGCCCAACCUUUCUAGAGCAGUGCCAAGUAUUCUGGGCUAGCGGGAGAUGCGAUCACCCUCUGUGGAUAGGACUUUAUCUCUCGGUCUUGUCGUCUACGAUUUGCUCGAUUCAAAAUAGCGAACAAGUGAAAGAUUCCCUUGGUCUCAAUUCCCAGGCUUUGCAAUCUUCUAGAGCACUGUUUUUCAGCAUGGUCCAAGUUCUGUACAGCUCUGACUUUCUUCAAAAUAUCUCAUUCCACGCCCUGCAAGCCAUUGUCAUCUCAACCGAGGCAGCUCAUAUCCUUGGUUUGAGUCAGCUUAACGCAACUUUGUUCAACGCCGCUGUCCGCAUCGCCGAAUGUCUCGGCGUCCACAAGAUUAAGGACCAUAUAAAUUCAUCAGCACAAACAGAAGAACAGUGGGCUGAGCGAGUGGAGCGCGAGGUCGGCAAGAGAGUCUGGUGUCAAAUGGUCAUCCAAGACCAUUUUGCCAUUCCUUUCACUGAUACAUACAGCAUUUCUCCAGCCCAUUUCUCAACAGGUAUUCCACUGAAUGCAGAUGACCAUGAUCUACUGGGAAUGCCAACAAAUAUUCCAACAGUCAGUUCGUUUGCCCGCGUUCUGGCAAAUCUAGCGGCUUUGAUGCCAGAGCUAGCCGAUGGACUGGGUCCGAUGCGACAGCGAAAGCCACUCCAAGAACAGUACCUUCAUGUCAUGAGAACUGAUCAAAAGAUGAAGGCUAUUGUGAAAGACAUACCAUCGUUUCUCCUCCGGCCGGAUAGGGAGAAAGACGCGCAAGUGCCGUGGUUACCAAUAGCUCGAAGAAGUUUUGCAAUUACGACGGCCGAGAAGAUCAUCAUGGUCCAUCGCCCUUUCCUGUUCCACGCUUUUGUUUCGCGGUUGUAUAGCUAUACAAGACGUACCUGCGUGGCAGCCGCAACAACAAUACUGCGCGAACACGCAAAGCUAACAGAAGAUGAUAAUCCUUCGAUUUGGACUCACACGGCAUUUUGUAUCACUGCAGCGGUUAUUCUCUGCUUUGAGUUGAAUGCAAAUUCAGAUACCCCAACCACUACCACUGAAACCUACAAGGCAGCCAUAACCGCGGCACGGUCUCGACUUGCGAUGCGGGAAGGCGAUGUGCUUGCUCACCGAGGCGUUGCGCUAAUUGACACUAUUUUUUAUUCUGAAGAUUCAAGCCCAAAUACCGACAAUUUGAUCGAUUUCAAUCGCGCCUGUGCACAGUUCUCGACUUUGACGCUGAAAUCGACUUCUGACGAAUUGCCCCUUAACGGGGUAUUGGGAGAUUCUGUCGGAGAUAACAUUGAAACCUAUGAUCAUUUGAAUCUGGGUACGGAUGUCGAUUUUGAAUUUGAUACCUGGUUCAAUGGUAUUUUCUAUGGUGUAGGAGGGUGA